GUGCAGUGGAAGAGCCAGAGGCAGAUUUUCUACUAGUUAGUUCAUUAUCAAUCCUAGGGAGCAUCUGUCCAAGAAGGUACCGUGACACAGACAGAUUAGGUAGGAAGUAUCAUCUGAUGAGGUGUUCUGUGUGAGAUAUUUCCUGAUGAUAGGUGACCAUUGAGUCACCUGGGCGGAGUGGACCCCAAAUAAUGACACUUGGUACUGCCCACAGGAACCACAGCCAUUAUGGGAAGACAGUGAGGAGUCUUGAGAACCUGUUCGUCUCAGGGGAGGAAAGGACCUGUCAGUCCGGACACAUUGAACUUGGCAUUCAAGACAUUGACCAGAGAGGUGCGGGGGCAGGCAGAAGCAAGUAGGUCUAUAGGAGAGAAGAGAGAGGCACCCUGAGGACAGGGAGUGAGGAGGAGCAGGAUGGAUGGAACAGCAGAGGACACCCAGAGAGGGUUCCAGACAGGUGCUCUGUAUGUGCAUUAAGAAGGACUGAGUGUAGAUAGGACCCUUGGAUUGAGGAGACAGGCCAUGGGCCAUGAGGCAGUAUGGGAGGUCAUGGAGCUCAGUGAGAGCAGGAGAAGGUAGAAGCUCUCCUUUGGCUCAGAGGGAUGAGACACAGGUCUGUGUUGAUGGGGCCACAGUGUUCUGAGCUUCUGUUUAUCUACAGAGAAGAGAGAGGCAGGGAGGGAGAGGAGUGUGGUAGAAAGGCAGCAAGAAGGCUGAUUGGGGGAAUGUUCCAGAGGACCUACCCCGGGAAGGUGGGAUCCAGAACACAGUGCAGUGCAGCCCCCAGAAAGGUCCCUUUCCCCAAAACAGGAAAGAUGAAAGGCAAUCAGGAAGACUAGGCAUGAGUCUGGCUGGAGGAAAUAGUUCUUCUGUUCUCUGCUAUGAUAUUCCUGAAUUUCUGUCUUAGUUGUUAAGAAACAGAGAGAUAAGGAGCAGGAACCAAUUCUGGAAAGCCAUUAUGCUUCCAUUUGUCUUGUCAGAACCUUGUGCUUGGAGACCACUUUUGCAGAGGAUAAGGAUGUUGUUGUGAGAAAGGCACAGGCCACAGUGAUGCAGUUAGCUGGUGGGUGGGAUAAAUAUAAAAUGUCCCCCUGAAACAGGAGCUCCUACGUGGGGACCAGGGGGUCCACAUAAGCAUGAGUAAUUUUAGAGAGUCCCAGAGCCCUGGUGCAACCCAGGUGGCUACUGGUGCAACCCAGUGAUUACUCAUGUGUUAGUAGGAGAUAGAGUAUGCUUGUUGGCUUCUCUAAGAGGCACAUGGCCAGCCACAGUCUAAAUGCAGACUUUGCCAUAUCAUUUCAGGAGUUUGAGAAGCAUUGCCAGAGCUCUUACAAAAUAGCACCAUUGGAAAAGGGCCAACUGGGAUGAGCCUCCCCACCUCAGGGAACCUGAUUGAGGGAUACUGCUGUAGAGGGAACCAGGAUGAUGAGCGCCAGGGAUCUCUGUGUUAAUGCUGACAUACAUACUGACUUUAGGUCUGGGCCAUCCUAUCCAGGUCUGGAGUUUUGGCAAGAAGUCCAUGUGCAGGGCCUUGGGAACUGUUUUGCAAGUGUAUCCUGGGAUUUUGUAAUCAACAGGCCCAGCCUACCGGGCCGGCCUGACUCUGCGACCGCGGCAGGCAGUCUCUCGGCGCGCGCGGCCAGCACAUGGGGCCAUGGCUCUGCUCCCCGGGCACGCAGAGACCCCCGGCCCGGAGCCCGGCGGUGGCAGUGGAGGAGGCGGCGGAGCGGCCCGCGCCCGGCACGUCAUCAUCAACGUGGGCGGCUGCAGGGUGCGCUUGGCCUGGGCCGCGCUGGCGCGCUGUCCCCUCGCGCGCCUCGAACGUCUGCGGGCCUGCCGCGGCCACGAUGAGCUGCUGCGCGUGUGCGACGACUACGACGUGAGCCGCGACGAGUUCUUCUUCGACCGCAGCCCGUGCGCCUUCCGAGCCAUCGUGGCGCUGCUCCGCGCCGGCAAACUGCGGCUGCUGCGCGGCCCAUGCGCGCUGGCCUUCCGCGACGAGCUGGCCUACUGGGGCAUCGACGAGGCGCGCCUGGAGCGCUGCUGCCUGCGCCGCCUGCGCCGCCGCGAGGAGGAGGUGGCCGAGGAGCGCGCAGGGCCGGCGGCGCACGGGACACCCGGGAGCCCUGCGCGUGCCCUGGGACCUGGACGGCUGGAGCGCGGCCGGCGGCGCCUCCGAGACGUGGUGGACAAUCCGCACUCAGGGCUGGCGGGCAAGCUCUUCGCCUGUGUCUCCGUGGCCUUCGUGGCCGUCACGGCAGUCGGCCUGUGCCUGAGUACCAUGCCAGAUAUCCGUGCGGAGGAAGAGCGGGGCGAGUGCUCCGAGAAGUGCCGUAGCCUCUUCGUGCUGGAGACGGUGUGUGUGGCCUGGUUCUCCUUUGAGUUCCUGCUGCGCUCGCUGCAGGCCGAGAGUAAAUGCGCCUUCCUGCGGACGCCACUCAACAUCAUCGACAUCCUGGCCAUCCUGCCCUUCUAUGUCUCGCUGCUCCUCGGCCUGGCGGCCGGACCCGCCGGCAGCAAGCUGCUGGAGCGCGCAGGGCUGGUGCUGCGCCUGCUGCGCGCGCUGCGUGUGCUCUACGUCAUGCGUCUGGCGCGCCACUCGCUGGGGCUGCGCUCGCUGGGUCUCACGGUGCGCCGCUGCGCACGCGAGUUUGGGCUGCUCCUGCUCUUCCUCUGCGUAGCCAUGGCGCUCUUCGCACCACUCGUGCACCUGGCUGAGCGUGAGCUGGGCGCGCGCCGCGACUUCUCCAGCGUGCCGGCCAGCUACUGGUGGGCCGUCAUCUCUAUGACCACCGUGGGCUACGGUGACAUGGUGCCGCGCAGCUUGCCGGGCCAGGUGGUGGCCCUGAGCAGCAUACUGAGCGGCAUCCUGCUCAUGGCCUUCCCAGUCACCUCCAUUUUCCACACCUUCUCACGCUCCUACUCGGAGCUCAAAGAGCAGCAGCAGCGCGCCGCCAGCCCCGAGCCGGCCCUGGGCGAGGACAGCACGCGCUCAGCCACUGCCACUGAGGACAGCUCGCAGGACCCUGAGGGCAUGAGCUCAGCCGGGGGCACGAUCUCCCUGAGUCGCUAAGUGAGCUUCGAGGACACCAUGGCCUUGCCACCAACGGAUAGUGUGGACUGCAGCCGCGUGAACUUGUUUCCGGGGCGGGGUCGCUGGCCUGCCUCCAGAAAGCCAUGAGCUUCCAGUGUAAUUCCUCACCUUGGACUUCCGUUCCGACACCAGCUCCUCAAGUGACCUGGCCUCUUCUAGGCUGGCAGAGCUCAAGCUUUGCAUGUGGGCAUUUGAACGGAACCCUUUCCCUGCCCCCCAGCUGGUCUUCCGACCCAUAGCUUAGCCCUCCAGAACACUGCCUCUCCUCUAUUGGAACAGCUCCGAGACUUGAUACCUCCCCUCUCAAGGCAGGGAAGCGGUUAGAGGAUGGAUGGGGUCUCCUCCAGGUGGCUCCCACAGGAACACUGGGGUGGGGGGGGGGGGAUUUCCCCAAGUACGAGCCUUUCUCUUCUCCGUGGGGACGGGAAGAAUGGAACUUUCCAAAUCAUGCUGCUCUGUAUUCCUUCAUUUUAAUGAGCUCUGCCACCACACCUGAGCUACUGCAACCAUAGAAUGUACCACCCAGGGGGUCCCACCGUCUUGGGGCACCCCCUCUGCCCCACUGUCUGGUAGCUUCUGGCAGGGCCCAUGGUGUGUGGGGAGGCCUAUGUAGGACCCUUGCAGCUGCAGACACUCCUGGGAUUCACUGCAACCCAAUAAAAAAUGCCGGCCUCCUGCA